CGUCUCAUGAUAAAUAUUUUGAAGCCAAGAAAACUGGUUAUUAUAUGGCUAUUUUCUUUGACACUUUUUCGAUCUGUAUCCAUAUUACCUGUUAAGACGUCGAAAACGUAUAACGAAUGGUAUAUUUCGGCAUGCAGAGAAACGGUGCUCUUUGAUAAUGGAGACAAAAUAAAUCAAAAGAAGAAUGGCGGAUAGUGGUGGGAAAGACGAAAAGAACACCGCAGGUGACACAACAAUUAUUGGAGUCCAGCUACUGUCUGAAAGUACUAAAGAACCUGUUGUCUCACUGGGGAUUUUGAUUGUCGAUAAUGGCCGUCUGGCGAAUGGGUCUGUGACUGUUGCGGACUUGAGGACCUUGAUUUGUCAACAGAUACCAGCUGUCCCUAACCAGUUCAUGUUCUUAACACAUCAGAAAUGGGCCAUCAACAAAACACAGGAAGAGCAUGUGCAAAUAUGUCAGAUUAUUUCACCAGACAACACCAUAUAUAUUCAAAGAAAAUAUGAAAAACCUAAAAUUGGUGUGCGGACAAAAUCCCGGAUUCCUGUUGGAUUUGUGUUUGAGGAAUACACGGCCAAUUUAUCUCAGCUCAGAACUGCCAUUAAUACAGGGAUUAAAUUUUUCAAAGGCAUUACAGACAGAUACCAGUUUUUGGAUGCAAAUUCCUGGCCAAUCAGCAAACAACAUGAAGGUCAGGUGACUGUCAUGGAAGUAUUAGUCGAUGCCUGUGUUUGUGUUUGUGCUGAUGUGUUUUCCUUUGAAUACCUUGAUGUUGCCGACUCAGACUUUCAUGUGGAUGUAAAUCCAAGAAAAAGAAUUAAAAGAUUGAAAGAACUGUCAUUUUCUGAUAUUGACAAAGACCACGGCUGGCUGGGUUAUGAUGAAGCUAGCAACUGCUGUAGCUCAUGUGACGUAACAGGUUCAGCCAAACAGUUACUGAUCAGUUAUGCUCGGGCCGAUGCAGCAGAACAUGCCUUGAAUCUCAAAGAGGAGUUGUCUCACCUUGGCUUCAGUGUCUUCUUGGAUGUACACGAAAUCAAAAGUGGAGUUGAUUGGCAGGAUUCUCUGAACUAUGCUGUCAGCAACUGUGAAGUGUUUAUUCCUCUCAUCACACCGAGGUACGGAGAAACACAGUGGACUAACAGGGAGGUGAAGUUAGCUGAUGUCCUGGGAAAGUACAUUCUACCCGUCAGUUUUCUGGAGAUAUGGCCGCCUCGAUCUCUUGCUAUCCAGUUUGCUACCACACAGUACAUCUGCUGGAAAACUCCAGCUCAGAUACAAACAGAAAUUGUCGAAGGAAAUUCUUCCAAAGCUAAUGACAUAAACUGCUGGGAGAAACGCUAUGUGCAAAAGGUAGCCCAGGACAUAGCAUUGUGUCUGAGGCGGCUGAAGUCCGAUGCUGUUAACAGAAUACCGUCUCUGUCAAGGAGAAAAACUUUGAUGAGGACAUUUGCAGGUAAACUUCCUGACGGAGUGAUGAGUGUGGAUUCCUCUGAUGAUGACGACAGUAAGAAAAAAAUCCUGAUAUGUGUUCACCCAAGUCAGGCAGAUUUUGUUCAAGAUUUUGGCACCUGGUUGGAAGGUGAAGGAUUCAGUGUAUGGAGUUCCUUACAGAAAGAAGAUGACUGUCCCGAUUACCCAUCACGUAGUCAGGACCUGCUGCCCGACAGCCAGGACACCAGUGUGGAGCCAAACAACAACUCAGUCUGUUCAGAUCAAGGCCACUGUUGUCAACAACAGUUUCAAGAAAUGGCUGACCAGGCUGGUUUAGUCAUUGUGAUUCUUUCACAAGCAUUCUCACGUUCCAAGACUUGCCAGCAACAGGUAUUCUACUGUGAGCACCGAAAGCGGGUGAUCCCUGUGAAAUUUGAAGACUUCUGUAUGCCUGGCUGGAUGAGCAUGCUUAUAGGAACAAGUACAUUUGAAGUAUGGACUACCACUGACGUAAAUCAGACAAACUACCGCCAGACACUGCUAUCCAAAAUACACCGGGCUCUCGACCCGGCAGGAAAAGAUUGUUUUCAGGAUGAGGUCAACGAGGUCAAAUUAACACAUGCAGUGAAUCACAUUAAGAGGAGUGUUGGAGAAACGCUGUGUGUUUACAUUGCCGGUGGGACCAAGUUCUAUGAAUCAAAUUCAGAGGCAGUUUGCAGAUGUGUGGGCAAAGAGCUUGCUACGCUGGACAAUGUCACCAUAGUAACAGGAGGUUUCAGUGGUGUUGGAGAAACAGUGAGCCAAAUUUUCUUUGAGGAAACUCAAGACAACAAGAAACCAAGAGUCUGGCAUAUUUUACCUGAAAAAGAUUGUCAGAAUCGGCCAAACCAGUGGAAUCAGAAUUCUGAUGGCACAUUUAAAGUGGUGUCUUUUGGGAAGACAUUGUUCUGUGGUGAAAGCGUUCGUGAGAGGGAAACUAUUGUGGGAAGGACAUUUGACAUAUGUAUUCUUAUAGAAGGGGGACCUGGGGCCGCUCACGAGGCAGAAGAGUUUGUGUGGAAUGACCACAUCGUUAUUCCAAUCAGAUCCACAGGAGGAGCUGCAGGGGGAAAGUUUGGGGUUCCAGAAAAGAUAUUUGAGGUCCCACAGGGUGUGAAGGAAUCUGAUUGGUGCAUCUUGAGUAAGACCACUGCUUCGGCUGAAGAGAUUGGCCAAUCAGUGUUGAGAAUUGUUCAAAGUUUGAAGCAGAAGAUGUGCAUUGAAGAAUCCAAGUCUACACCAACAAAACAAAAGAGUGUCAUGAGGAAAGGCAGCUUGCUUUUUACAAAAACAUCUCCCAAAAACACUACCACCAAGCCAGGCUUAACCAGCAUGAAAACCAUAAUGCUUGGUUAGCCAAAGUUAACCAGCAGGGAAACCAUAAUGCUUGGUUAGCCAAAGUUAACCAGCAUGGAAACCAUAAUGCUUGGUUAGCCAAAGUUAACCAGCAUGGAAACCAUAAUGCUUGGUUAGCCAAAGUUAACCAGCAUGGAAACCAUAAUGCUUGGUUAGCCACGUUUAACCAGCAUGACAACUAUCAGUGUCAGAGAUUAACAUUUUUGGGCAGUGUCCCAGUUGGAUAGUAACAUUUCAAAAUCUGGUAUCCCACCUGAGAAUUUAGUAUCCCACUUUAAUGAAAUUCAUAAAUAACUUCGUAACAAACUUGGAUGACACUGUUCUCGUUCCCAGUCUAUUGCUAU